CUCCCAUACAUCGUAAAAUAAAUGCAUGCAAAAAAUGAUAUUUUUCCUCCCCGUAAUCAUUUCUUAAGUAGCUAUAUACACCUUGGUCGACCAUAAAACGGCGAUUCACAACCCAAACGUCAGAUGGCGAUGCCUUCAUUGCUUGUCUAGUUGCUCCAGGUUGAUGCGGACUGCAACAAGACCUUGUUUGAGUGUGUAGCAUUAAAAACAAAGAAAACUGCGUAAAAGAGUUACGAAGUGUGAAAAAAUCCGUUUUGCUGUGUUUUCUUCGUGCCAGUCGUGAAAAGAAUAGUGUUUUCUUCAUCUAUAUAUUCGCUGUUUGCAUCAACUAACAUCCCACACAAUACGAUGCUCGAUCUCGAAGUUACUCCAGAGCGUUCGCUCGGUUCGACCACCGAGAAUUGGGAAUUUGUUCUCGGAAUGCAUUUUUCUCAAGCAGUUGCCAUCAUACAGUCUCAAGUAGGAAUUAUAAAGGGAGUACAGGUGCUUUAUUCUGAUACGAAUCCGCUCAACGUAGAUAUAAUCAUAAACAUGCCGCAGGAUGGUAUCCGUCUAAUAUUCGACCCGGUACAGCAGCGGUUGAAGACGAUCGAGGUGUUUAACAUGAAGCUGGUCAAGCUAAAGUACUGCUCAAUGACGUUCAACUCGCCCGAGGUAGUGCCAUCGAUCGAAGAGAUCGAACAUUCGUUCGGUGCCACGCACCCGGGCGUGUACGAUGCCGCCAAGCAGCUGUUUGCGUUACACUUCCGAGGGUUAAGCUUCUACUUCCCGGUCGACAGCAAGCUGCAGCCCGGCUACGCACACGGGCUCGGUUCGCUGCACUUUCCCAGCGGUGCCUCCCCGGUCGUUUCCAAAAUGGCCAUCUACUCGGGUGUGAACGUCAUCGACAGUCGUCCACCGCCACUGCCGCUCUCCUGCUACCAUCAGCAGCUGUACCUGGAGGCGGCCGCCGUACUGCGGAGUGCGCACGGUACGCGCGGCCUACGGUUGCAGCUGUACACCGAAGGAUCGAUCCGAUCGCUCGAACCAAGGAAGCAGUGCCUAACGCGAGAAAUAUUAUUCGGCGAUAGCUGCCAGGAUGUGGCUAGCAAUCUUGGUGCACCGUCAAGGGUAUUUUUCAAAAGUGAAGAUAAGAUGAAAAUCCAUUCCCCGAGCGCCCACCGACGUGUUCAGUCCAAGCGGAGUGACUUCUUCUUCAACUACUUUACCCUCGGCAUCGACGUGCUGUUCGAUGCGCGCACGCACAAAACGAAGAAGAUCAUCAUGCACACAAACUUCCCGGGCCAUUACAACUUUAACAUGUACCACCGGUGCGAGUUUCAGCUGGAGCUGGCAGCGGACAAAGUCACUGAAGAUGCCCCACUGGAUGCACCUGUUACGAUAACGGCCUACACGAAGUGGGAUGCAAUAGCGUCCCGUUUAGCACCGGCCGAACGUCCCGUCGUACUGCAUCGCGUUGGUUCGACCAAUACGGCGAACGUGUUCGGUUCGACGUUCAGCUACGGGUACCAGGAUAUCAUUUUCGAGGUCAUGCCGAACAAUUACAUUGCCUCGGUAACGCUCUACCAACCGGCGACACCGUUCCAUGUGGCCGAUUGGAACACCACCACCAUCACCGGUCACAUCGGUAGCAGCAGUAGCAGCACCGGCAGCAGUACGGCACCGAGCAGUACCAGCGGCCGAAAUGUGUUGCUGCACGAUGCCAAGCCAAAUCAGGCCAACAUUCGCAUCACCGCAUGACCGAUGGCGGGUCGAAGCGGUGAAAAGAAACCCGCUGGUGGUUUCGAGCACCGACAGGCGGGUGGCCUGUAAGUUUUGUUCUCAUCGUCACCCACGGGCCCGGCUUCAGGAAUGUUAAUCAUCACCGCCAUUCAUCUUCUCACUCCAUUGCUCAUCCCGCUGUAGCAUAACGCUCUACAGGAGCGACGACAAAAUGGUACGAAAACGGAAACUUAAAAAGGCGAAUUCAAUCGAAAGCACCAGAUUAUGGGCAUAAUAUUAAUAACGUGUAUUUAAAUCCCUUCAUUGCAUCGCAUAUUCCUUUCACUCUCAUCCCUGCUGUACGCCAAGUAAUGCUCCUUCUCUUCCUGUUUUUUUUUUGGGGGUUUGUUGUUGUUUUUCGUUUCCCCUCGGGUGAAAGGAAAGUGGUACCGCCCAACAGUACCGAUUGUUUUCAUUUUGUCCCCUCCCAUUCUUCCAUCUUUUUUUUUUGUUUUUGGUUAAUUCUUUUUUCUAAUCAUAUAUACACAUAUAUAAAGGUUAGGAUUACAGAACGAAAUGUUAUAAUAGGAAGUUUCAAACGGUUUUUCAUUUGGUUACGCGUCUGCCUGCUGCAACUGUGUCAUGUUCCGUUUUGCUCCGUAUUCAUUGGUAGGGUCUCUUUUUGUAGACCGUGAACGAGUCUUACACACCUACAUAGGUAGAAUGUACGAGCGGAUCUAGUUGAUUACUAAUUCCAAUUUAUCGAAUAGCUUUAAGACUGUUGCUGCUUAAACAACCACAACCACAAAAAAAGAGAAGAUAAAAAUUGGAAAAACGCAUAAGCUAAGGGUGAUAAAGCACGCAAAAAUAAUGACAGAACAGGAAAAGAAACACAAACACACACAGAAAAAAAGGCAGGAAAUCAACUAUGCUACCAAAAAUGUACGUAAACAGUGUAAAAAUGUUUCUAGUGCAAGCGCGCAAGGGAGAAGCAAAAGGAAGUAUGAUGAUAUACUGUGGAGACAUUGGACGCGUUUAGCAAUGGAUCCACAAAGGUGUCCCAGGUGUUUGGGGUGCUGUGAAUUGCUUCUCAUCAUCAAACCCAUCGGCAGUGGUAGUGCGGUUCUCCCGUCCCGUGUAAGCUAUGGGUGAAGCGAAACAUUAGAAACGAAAGCAAAAAAGAAGAAAAAAAAAACAC